GUACAAAAAAAUUUUAAUCAAACGCCCCUACGACUCAUCUCAUGGGAGUUAUAAAUUUUUAUGCCUCCUAUGUUAAGUUAAUCAAUCAACCUAUCGAUUGUGAGUAGAACAAAACAAGGAAGGAGGAGAGCAGCAGAAGAACAAGCUUUUAAAUAUUUUUCAGAUAAUAAUUACCUAAAUAGAUUGACAAUGUUACAUAGAGAACAGUCUGUAGCUAGUCGAUCAUCCGUGGAUAGCUAUUGUCCGCCAUCGUUGGAUGUUGUACAUAGAACAAUAGUUGUAACAGCUACGCAAGCAUCAAUGGAUGUUAAAACUUUUCGAGUAACCUCACCAAAAUUAUCGGAGAAAACCAAUUUUCAUAAGCUACAAUCUAUAGCUUCCGAUCUAUUGAGAAGUUGGGGAAUUAAGGAGUCAGAUGUUCGCGGCUUCAAAGAAUUCCGCAAAUUAUUGAAUGAGAAAUAUGUAAAAGAUUCGGUGAGGAGGACAAAUGAAUUUUUACAAUUGGAAAAUGUUUGCGAAAGAGCCAGAAUGUUCGAUAAUCUAGUUAGUAAGGUUAAAGAAAAGAUCGAAAUUGCUGGCAGAAGUGAUAUCAAAAAAUACUGUCUAAGUUUAAUACGAGAGGCUGACGCUUAUAAUAUUAAGCUUGCUAGGGAAUAUGACGAAAGAAUAUUUAUUUACAAGCGUAAAAUUGAUGAAAGAUUGGAUAAGAUGGACGAAGUGUGGGCAGAAUAUGAAGAUUUAAAGAGUCCUUUUGUUUUUAGUUAUGUAGGCUGUGGAAAUUUAACGUGGAAGUUAAUGGAUGAAUUUUGUACAAUUGCUUCUGAUGUCAGUGAAAUGAUUAGGAAAUGGAUAUACGAAGACAAGACUUAUACAACAAAAUUAUGGGAUGAAAUUGUUCAAACAAAUGGUCAAAAAAACAAACUUCUUGAAUUAAUUAAAAGAAAUAAGAGAAAAAUGGAAGAUUUUGCAAAAGUUGUCAAGAAAAAUGAUGAUUCUUUUAAAAAACUAAAUAAAUCUUUAAAAAUUUCAAAGAAACAAUACGAUACUGAAAAAAAUAAAUUCGAUAGUCUGGUUGAAGAUCUUCAUCAUUUACAAGAGUUAACUAAACUUGAGGAAGGACAAUUAAAAGUUCACGAGAAUAUUGUCAAUACAAGAAACUUUAACUCUCCUACUUUGUUGGAUAUUUUAUGGGCGAAAAUUGAUCAUUGCAGAGAAACGAUAGAGCAUUUAAAUGAUCAGACAAAAAGAAUAGAAAAUACUCUUAAUAAAAGUAGAGAAAAUUUAGAAGAGGUUCAAAAGAAGUUGGAAAACGCUAAACAAAAGAUGAGCGAAGAAGUAAAGGAUACGAAAGGAAAUAACCUGAAGGUUGGGGAUAUCGAAAAAACCAUUAAACAUCUCGAGGAAGAAGUAGAAAUAAAAGAGAAGAAAUUGCUAGCUCUAAAAAAGCUGAGGAAUAUGAAAUUAUCCCCAAAAAUGAUUAAAAUACUCCAUUACAGUCGAAAUGACAAUUUAUUCUUUUCUUAUUCAGAUUUAAACGACGAGAUGCUUACCUAAAAUAAUAAUAGAGAAAAGAAGAUACUACAAUCGACUUGAAUCGAUUAAAGCCAAGGAUUUAUAUUUCAUGAGAAAUAUUUGAAAAUCAAUUGCUCUCAAGAUGAAAUAUUACUGAUACUCAAUAAAAAGGAUAUUUGCAAGUUUGAUUACUUAAUUUUGAUACUUAUUUU